AUGAGUGCUAUAUAUAAGUUAUCAAUACAAGGUAUCAGAUCAUUUGAUUCUAAUGAUAGAGAAACCAUAGAAUUCGGUAAGCCCUUAACUUUGAUUGUGGGUUCUAAUGGUUCCGGUAAGACUACAAUCAUCGAAUGUUUGAAAUAUGCUACUACUGGUGAUUUGCCGCCAAAUUCAAAAGGUGGUGCUUUUGUACACGACCCCAAGAUUACUGGGGAAAAAGAUAUACGUGCUCAGGUGAAAUUAGCCUUUACAAGUGCAAAUGGACUAAAUAUGAUUGUCACUAGAAAUAUUCAAUUGUUGGUCAAGAAGACGAAUAAUACAUUCAAAACAUUGGAUGGUCAAUUGGUAUCCAUCACUCAGGAUGGAUAUAGAUCAACUUUAUCGACAAGAACUACUGAUUUGGAUACACAUGUUCCAUUAUAUAUGGGUGUACCGAAAGCUAUUUUAGAGUACGUCAUUUUUUGUCAUCAAGAGGAUAGUUUAUGGCCGCUGAGUGAACCUGCUAACUUAAAGAAGAAAUUCGAUGAAAUUUUUCAAGCAAUGAAAUUCACAAAAGCAUUGGAUAAUUUGAAAGUAAUUAAAAAGGAUAUGUCAGUAGAUAUUAAAUUACUUAAGCAAUCAGUGGAACAUUUAAAAGUUGAUAAAGACAGAUCAAAAGCUACAAAAUUUAAUAUAGAAAAAUUACAACAUAAAUGCGAACAGUUUAAAAAAACUGUUAAAGAAAUUGAAUCUCAAUUAGUUGAUAUUACAAAACAGAGCGACGAAGUUUUUAAAACUAACCAAGAUUUCCAAAAAGUCUUAGCUCAUCUUGAAAACCUAAAAAGAAAUAGAGAAUAUAUCAGUCACCAAAUCAAUAGGUUGUCGGAAACGAUUAAUGUUAUUUCUUUACCAGUGGAAGAAAUUGAACAGAAUCUUGUUAUAUUCGACAGGGACACCGCUACAAAAGAUGAUCAAAUUAAACAACUAGAAAACGACAUCUCAGAAUUAAAACAGAAUGUGAAUCAAAUACAAGAGCAAUCAAAUAUUUUAUUAGAGAAACAAGGAAAAUUGAAGUCAUACUAUGAUAUAUAUAUAAACAAUUUAUCUAGUCUCAAGAACCUGAAGGAAAACGUUUCUAGACAGUAUAACAUUAAUAAGGAAUUUUCUGAUGAAACUUUUCAAACAGCACUUAAUGAUCACCUCGACAAGGAAAAUAAUCAUUUGUUGCAGUUAAAUAAUACUUUUUCUAAUGAGUUAGAAGGGUUAAAUUCAAAAAAAUCAACAUUAGAUUAUGAUCUCGUUGUUCAACUCCAGCAACAAGAAUAUAAUAAAAAAGAUAAAAUAAAGGCUUCUGAGAAGCUGGACAAUAUUCACACAGAGCUUAUAAAAAUCACCUGCACAGAGGAAGAAUUAAAUGUUGAGAAGGAAAACCUAACGAAAUAUAUAGACAAAUUAAAGAUUGCGGAUGGUAAUGAUACUGCCACUGAUGUAAAUUUAGAAAUAAAGAAAGAAAAUGAUCAUAUGUUGUUAUUAGAGAAGGAAUUAGAAGAAACGCAAGAAAUGAUAACUAAAGCUAACAAACAAUCUGAUUUGUAUGCAAAACUAGCAUUGAUUAAAAAAAGUUCUUCUGAGAAGCAAAUGCUAUUUGAUAAAAACUUGAAUAUACUUUCAAUGAACCCAGUUAUUUUAUCAGAACCAAUAAUUAUCGAUGAAAACAUUGAAAUAACGUUUAAUACAUUUUUUAAAAACUUGCAAAAAAAUCUUGAAGAUGAUAAUAAUAAGCUACAGAGCAUAACAAGGGAGUAUACAGAGGCAGAUAUAAGAACUGAGAAUUGUAAAGAAGAAUUAGACAAAACUGAAAAUUUAAUUGGAAGAUUGGAAAAAAAAUUGGUUGAAAUGUUACCGGAGGAUUGUCCAAUAGAUGAAUAUGACGAUGCCUUACUUGAAAGUGAAGCGUCUUAUAAAACUGCAGUUGAAAAUCUUAAGAUGCACCAGACCACUUUAGCUUUCAACCGAAAGGCAUUGGAAGUUGCUGAAAAUAGCAACUGUUGCUACUUAUGUUCAAGAGAAUUUGAUAGCACAGGAUUAAAAAGUAAGUUAUUAAAUGAGUUAAAGGCAAAGACAAACCAACAAUUUGAAUUGGACUUAGUUGAAACUAUGAAGCAUGAAAAAGAAUACCUUGAUAGUUUAAGAAAAUUAGAAAAAGAUGUCAACAGUCUUUUUAAUGAAAGAGAACUGGUAAAUAAAUUAAAGACAGAUUUUGAGAGUAAUAAAACGAAAAGUGAUAAACUCCGUGCUGAAGUAAAAAUUCAAGAUGCUCACAUCAAAUCUUUGAAAGAAAAAUUAGAGACUGUCACUUCUACAAUACGCCCACUCAUUGAAGAAAAUUUCCAUUUACAAAAAGAAAUAUCCUCAUUGAAUAAUGAUCUUCAAAACAUAACUGAUGAAUUGAAAUUAUAUAAUAUAUCAUCUGAUGGUUUAUUAACGUUAGAAGAGUUGCAAUCAAAGCAAACAUUAUGCAAUCAAACCCUUCGUGAAAAAAGGAAGAAAAUCAGUUUAUUGCAGGAUGGACGUGAAAGUAGGGCGAAGGAGAAGGCAACAUUAUCAGGGAUUAUUAAAGAUAGAUCUCUUAAAGUUGAGAAAAUGAAAAAUGAUUUACUUAAAAAAGAGUCUUUAGAGAAUGAGCGCAAUUUGAAAUUAGAAGAGGUAUCAAACAUCGAAGUAAGACUGAACUCUUUUGAGAAAGAUGUUAAACUGUUACAAAAUAAGAUUACGGAAAUAAAUGCAAAUAUUACAAAACUUAAAGAUCAACAUGACAAGGCUGCUUUAAACAAGAAAGAAAUUAUUGAAGGUUUAUCAAAAACAAUGGAUCAAUUCAAAACUUUACAAAAUUCCAUCAAAGAAUUUGAAUUAACUGGUAAUGCGGAUCUGAAAGCAUGUAACGAAGAACUAGAGGAUUAUAAAUCUAAAUUGAAGAAUAUCAACGUCGCUAUUGAUCAAAAAACUGCAAAUCUCUCAAAAUUGAAAGAGGAAUUAAUAGAUUCCAAUAGUAGAAAGAAAAAUUUAAUGGAUAAUCUUGAACUCCAUUCUUUAAAAGUUAAAUUAUCGAAUACUGAAAAGGAAAUCAACUGCAUUGAUGUCGAAAAUGCAGAAAGACAACGUGAUAAAUAUCAAGAAGAAAUUUCAAGAUUAAGAAAUCUAUAUGAGCAAUUAAGUGCAGACAAUGCAGGAAAAUUGGGUGAGAUAAAGCAACUGCAAAAUCAAAUCGAUUCAUUAUCUCACCAAUUACAUACAGAUUACAAAGAUAUUGAUAAUAAAUAUAAAACUGAAUGGGCUAAAUUACAAACAAAAACAUUUGUCACUGAGGAUAUUAAUACUUAUUCAAAAGCUUUAGAUAGCGCAAUUAUGAGAUAUCAUGGAUUAAAAAUGCAGGAUAUAAACAGAAUAAUAGAUGAGCUAUGGAAAAAGACUUACAGCGGUACUGAUGUUGAUAGUAUUCAAAUAAGAUCUGAUGAAACGAGUUCUACAGUUAAAGGUAAAUCAUAUAAUUAUCGUGUCGUUAUGUUUAAACAAGAUGCUGAACUAGAUAUGAGGGGAAGAUGUUCUGCUGGACAAAAAGUUCUUGCUUCGAUUAUUAUUAGACUUGCACUUUCUGAGACAUUCGGUGUUAAUUGUGGUGUUAUUGCUCUUGAUGAACCUACCACGAAUCUCGACGAAGAAAAUAUAGAAAGUUUAGCGAAAUCUUUACAUAAUAUCAUUCAAUUCAGACAACAUCAAAAAAACUUUCAACUAAUUGUGAUUACCCAUGACGAGAAAUUUUUAAACAAUAUGAAUGCAUCUCAAUUUAGUGAUCAUUUUUUUAAGGUAAAGAGAGACGAUAGGCAAAAAUCUUUAAUCGAAUGGGUUGAUAUUAAUAAAGUUGUAGACUGA